UGAAGAUGGAUAAACAAAAAGUAUAUUGUACCAUUUGUGGCAAGUCAUAUGCAAGUCUGCGCUCUCGAAACAGGCACAGGAGAGCUGAGCAUCUAGGAAAGACAUACUCAUGUCCUAUAUGUAAACAUGUGUUUAAAUACCAUUCAUCUAUGGAUAAACAUUUUAAGAAAUGUACAAAAGAGAGGGCAAAAGGCUCGGAAAGCACGAACAAAAGCACAAACGAAGGCACGUACCACCAAUGCCGAACGAUGUCGUCUUUAUAGACAACGGAAGAAAGAUCAGGACCCUGAGGGAUAUCUUAAGAAAGAUCGAGAUCAACAUAAAUUAAGAUACGUUCCUCGGGAUGAACUUUCAUUAAAAAAGCUACAAGAAAUCAGAGCAAAGAAUAAAAUUGCGGUCAAGAAUCAUAGAAAGUCAAAUAGCAAAGUGCAGCAAGAUUCAGUCGGGAAACAACAAUCUAAACAUAUGUUACUGAAUAUAAAACUUCCCCGUCUACCAGGGAAAAAAAUCAGAAAAAAUCAAUGAGCGAAUCCGUUGAUAAGAUUGAAAAGAAGAAUCCUUCAACAUGACAUAAAUGAGAUGAGAUAAAAAUGAGUUGAUUACAAUAAGAAAAACUAUGAUGAAUAAAAAUGAUUUGACCAAAUGGUUAUGGACAGGCCUACUGAAAAUAAAACUAUACAAAACUUGUAUAUACAAAAAGAGACACUAGAAAAGUAAAAACAUCCUUUUAUUCAACUAUUUCCAAAUUUGAAGAAAAAUCACCAAUGCCUUAU